CCAGUUCUGUGAGACCGUGCGCCCUGGAGGAAGAGUGCGAGGCUGGACAAAUAGUUUUUCCGUGACACAAAUCAAACGCGCAGUAGAAAUCAACAAGUGAUCACCAUGUCGAGCGAGGAAACAAAGACUUUCACGCGGGCCGAGGUCGCCAAGCACAACACGAACAAGGACACCUGGCUGCUCAUACACAACAACAUCUACGACGUCACCGCCUUCCUCAACGAGCAUCCCGGUGGCGAAGAGGUGCUCAUCGAGCAGGCCGGCAAAGAUGCCACGGAGAACUUUGAGGACGUUGGCCACAGCAACGAUGCCCGCGACAUGAUGAAGAAGUACAAAAUCGGUGAGCUGGUGGAGAGCGAAAGGACAAGCGUGGCCCAGAAGUCGGAGCCGACCUGGAGCACGGAACAGCAAACCGAGGAGAGUUCUGUGAAGUCGUGGCUGGUGCCCCUCGUCCUGUGCUUGGUGGCCACGCUCUUCUACAAGUUCUUCUUUGGCGGUGCCAAGCAAUAGGAGGAGCCACAAUGCCCAGCAGAGACUUUCCAGCCCGCUCCGGAGUCGCUUAGUUAAUCAACAAACGGAGAGCCCGAGAGUCACAUGAGGAGCGGGACAGUGGAGCGGGAAAGCUUUUUAUAGUAAAUUUGUGCUAAGUUUUAACGAUAAUUUUUGGCAUUUGGCGUUUUUGUACAACCCUCUACACGUGUAAUUCCUUCAGACGGCGGUUCUAGACUCUAAAAGUAAUUUAUCCCAUUGAUAUUCCAACAUUUGAGGCACGGAACGAAAACGAUAAGUUUUUAUUCGCAUGUAUGUACAUUAAACAUAUUUCCAAAAGC